AGAAACAUCAUCUUCAUCAUCAUCAUCAUCAUCAUCGACCAUCACCACCGGGAAGGAAAGAAACUCCUCGACUCGACCCGACUCGACUUGACUCGAGAUCAAAGCCCCCGACUUUUGAACCAGGUGGAAACGUCUUCCUACAAACUCCCGGAGAUGGAACUUUGGGAACUUCCGGGGCGGAUCCGCUGCUACGCUACGAGAUACUUGAGAGAGAUCAUCCUCGGCCGGGGCGGAAUCGAGCUUGUUGGAGUUCGUGUCCGGGGCAACGAACUGAGUGGUGGCAGCAGCAGGAUCGAGAGGAGCAACGCUGGUAGCCGAGCCCGGCGGCGUUUGAGACGCGAGCUCCUCCGCCUUGUGCUGCUGCUUCAUGGCUUGGGCCAGCUUUCGACUGCUCGCCGAGACCGGGAAGACAAAGUAACAGGACAAAGCCAUGGCCAACAAGAGGAAAACCACGGCAUUCUUCGAGCUUCUCUCGGCCAUACUUUCGCUGACAACUUUCGGGGGAAAUGAAACCAGCAACGACAAGAGCAAGCAAACAAAACGUUGGAGAUGAA